GUUCUAAUGGCUGCAACAGCAAUUGAUGGUCAGAAUUCUCUGGUGCCUUUAGGCAUUAAGGUGGCUAAGAGUGAAACCAAGGAGAGCUGGACUGGGUUCCUCAAGGAUUUGGCUCCAGCAAUCAAUGCACAUCAUGCUGGCAGAAUUACCUUUAUUUCUGAUAGGCAAAAAGGGUUGUUGGAAUCUGUUCCAAAGGUUUUCCCUGGUGCAAGAGUUAGAUAUUGCUUCAGGCACUUGUACAAGAACUUCAAGAAGUACCACAAGGCACCAACCUUGCACAACUUAUUGUGGAAUGCAUGCAAAGCUUACAAAGUGAGGCAUUUUCAGGAGCACUUUGACAACAUAUGCAAAGAAAGUCCGGCUGCUGGUGAAUAUCUUAGGAAAGAAGAUCCAAGUACUUGGUCUAGGGCUUAUUUUGAUCCCCUUAGCUGUUGUGUGAGCAUAUGA